UGUAAGAUAGAGAGAGUAUACCACUCUGUAAAUAAUCGGAAAUCAGAAUGGUUCAUCGAGAUGAAAUCAAGCCAGGAGACCACAUUUUCGUUUGGAGAGCUCGAUUCACUUACACCCACCACGGUAUUUAUGUCGGUGAAAACAAGGUUAUCCAUUUAACCAGCGAUCAAGCAAAGGCUACUUCUUUCUUUGGAUUGAACUUGUCUUCCAGUGGUUUAUUUUCAUCUUCAGGUUCCAACUCCACUGGCUGUGAAUUUUCAAAACCUAUAAGUGGACACAGUUGUGGUUCUGGUUCGUGUUUAUGCACUUACUACUGUGGAUAUCAUCAACCAGGGAGUGGUGUAACCAUCUCUUGUUUGAAUUGUUUCAUCGAAGACUGUCCACUGAGCCUCUAUCUGUAUGGAGAGAGCGAAGGCAUGGCUUCUCUCGUAUUCCUACGUGGCACAUGCACCAGUGCGCCAUCAGAUCCACCCCAGGAUGUGAUCAACAGAGCCAUCUGUCUGUUGAAACAGUCGAAUGGAUCUGGAAAUUAUAAUUUGCUUAGCAACAAUUGCGAGAAUUUCGCUUUGUAUUGCAAGACAGGCCGUAUGAUUCCGAGUGGUCAGGUGAGUCAGAAAGCUUCGCUUUGUAUUGUCGUUUAACUUGAUUCCUGUACCAGAAACUGAAAGUCCUAGUUGUAAAACUUGAAGCAUCAUCUACUUGAGUCGUAAGUUUACUUGUUUUCUGAAUAUGAAUGCAUCUGAC